ACUUUUCCCCUUCGUUCAUACUACCUCACAGCUCACUCACGACCUGAUCUCUCUCUCUCUCUCUCUCUCUCUGCCGUUCUUGUGGGAAGGAGAAGAAAUUGCAUGGAUAAUUGAUUUAUUGGCUUCGAUUCAUCUUUCCCCCAACAAUCUUUCCUGUUCCUAGUCAGAUCUGGCGAAAUCCUGAAGAUGGAUAUAGCAUCUGCCCAUUACACUAUCAAGCGACGCCGAGGAAAACGUUUGGGCCGGCUGGAGCUCGACACGGAGCAAAAUGUAGAUGAUCUCCGCAAAUGGCCCAUUACACUAUCAAGCGACGCCGAGUCUUAGGUGUUCUAGCUGUUAUGUUGGCCAUUUUCCGAUGGCGUCGACGACGUAGAAAUUACAGUAUUAGAAUGUCUCGAAGAAAAUAUGGGCCAUUGGUGGAUAGAGACUUGGAGAGGCAAAGAAAGUUGAAUGACCUGUACAAUUCAACAGAUAAAAACUGCAUCAGUCAGCUCCGGAUGAGGAAAGACGUGUUUUGGAAGCUAUCAGCCCAUUUACGUGAUGCCAAACUUGUACGUGAUUCAGUGCAUGUAUCAGUUGAAGAAAAAUUAGCCAUUUUCCUGCAUACGGUUGGCCACAAUUUGAGAAAUAGAGUGGUCGGGUUUUUCCUCAGGAGAUCUAGCUAUACAGUAAGCAAAUGCUUCCAUGAGGUCUUGAAUGCCUUGUGUUUUCUUGCCAAAGAUAUGAUAAAGCUUAGGUCGAUAGAGACCCACCAAAAGAUACUUGAUAGCCCCGGUCGGUUCUACCCCUACUUUAAGGACUGCAUUGGGGCACUUGAUGGAACCCACAUCCCUGCAUUUGUCCCUGAGAACAUAGCUAACAGAUUUCGAGGUCGGAAGUCAUACCCAACCCAAAAUGUCCUUGCAGUUGUGGAUUUUGAUUUGAGGUUUACCUAUGUACUUGCUGGGUGGGAGGGAUCUACUCAUGACUCUGUAGUUCUGAAGGCUGCCCUUAACAGAACAAAUGGGAUUCCAAUGCCAGAAGGCAAAUAUUACUUAGCUGAUGCUGGGUAUGCAGCAAGACCUGGUAUACUGCCGCCAUAUAGAGGUGUCUGAUACCACUUGAAGGAAUUCGGGGCUGGGAGACGUCCACAAACGCCACAAGAAUUAUUCAACCUUCGACAUUCAUCCCUUCGUACAACCGUUGAGUGAGCUUUUGGGACCUUAAAGAAUCGUUUUAAAAUCCUUGCAAACAAGCCAUUCUUUCCAUUUAGAAGACAAGUGAAGAUUGUCAUAGCAUGUUGUGUUCUACACAAUUGGAUCCUAGAUAAUGGUCCAGACAACAUCAUAUAUGAUGAAGAUCGUUGGUACAAUAGUCUGCCUAGGUCAUCUAGACUUGCAACAGAUAAUGCGAGGGACAAUAGGCAAUGGACGGCAAAGCGAGACAAUCUAGCAAAUAUUAUGUGGGAGCACCGUCAAUUCCAUCAUUGAUAUUCCCUUUGCUGUAGUUUGUUUUACUUUUGGCUUGUUUGCAAGACAAUAAUUUUCGAUUAUGUGUGCCAGUAUCUUGUACUUGAUUUGGUUCAGUGAAUCUAUAUUAUGGAUGUUGCUAUCAUGUAAUGGAUCUGGUUGUUUUUAUUAUGGAUGCUAUCAUUAUUUCCUUGUUUUGUCAUUACUAUUUCUGUCAUGUAUCAUCUUGUAGUUCAUAAAAUGGAUGAAGCUGAAAGCAAUAUGAGCAGUAAGGGGAAAGAAUGCAAAGGUGACAAGAAUGCAAGGGCAAAAGCUAUAAAUUGGCCUAUAGCUAUAUCUGAGUUUCUUCUUGACUGGUACAUUGAGAAGAAGAUUGAAAUGCCUCCUAAAGCAGUAUUCAAGAAGAUGCAUCACAAUGCUUGCACAGCAGCAAUAAAUAAGAAGUAUGGGUGUUCUUAUAGUGUCGAGCAAGUUCAUCGUCACUUUAGGCGUCAUAAGGAGACAUGGGGGCUAGUGGCUAGGUACAGCAAUGAGAGUGGCAGCGGUUUUGAUGAUGUCAACAAACAAGUGCUGCUCUCUCAAUCUACUCUGGAUACACUAUCGGCCAAUGAUCGUGGAAUUCUGUGUAAACCGAUUCAGUUCUACGACAAGUUGCAAGACCCUUUCUCUGCAGCUGAAACUGACAAUGAUGAUAAGGCAAAAGAUGACAUGAUGAAUGAUAUGUCCACCUAUGAUGAAGCAAAGGGUCCAACAGGUCAUGACUCAGAUAAAUUAGAUACAGAUAGUGAUGAUUGUGAAGUGGUGGCUGCUCUUGCUGCAACUAAUAGUCAAGUUUCAUCAUCCAAUGUUGGUGCUCUAAAGCCUAACAAGAAAAGUUUCAAAAAAAACUACCAAGGCAAAUACUCUCCCUCCACCACAAAAUGAUAAAGCUAAAAAGUCAAAGGCGAGAUCAUCUCAAGCAUCACAGGAUGACACUGAUAUGGAUGUGCUGCUCACAAGUACCUUGAUAGGCAUACGAGAGACCCUUGCAAGUCCAGUACAGACUGUAGCCCCAAAGGACCCAAAUGCUCCUUUAUGGGACAUGCUCAAGAAGAUUCCAUUGCCACCUGAUGAGAGGAUGUCGGUCGGGAUGCAUCUAUGCAAGCCAGAAUUUGCAGUUCAUCGUGGUUUCCUUGUCAGCAUGGGUCAGGAAUGCCUGGAGCGUUGGGUGUACACAUACUUAUCCGACAAUGAUCCUACUGGCAAACGUGGUGGCGAUGGUCCUGCUGGUAACCUUGGCGACGAUGGUCCGGCUGGUGACCUUGGUGAUGAUGCUGCAGUUAACUCCAGUACUUUCUAAGUAAGAUUGAUUGGUGGUCAACCAUUUUGCUGGAGCCUUUUGGUUGCAAAACACUAGUUUCUUAGUUGAUUGUCUUUUGGCUAUGCACGGCUGAUGUCUAAGUAAUGGCUGAUGGUGGUAUUCUUUUGCUACAGCCUUCUGCUCAGUUUCUAAGUAGUAUCAGCAUGCAAAAUAUGAUUAGAUGGUAACAUGAAAGUUAUGUUGCUUUCUGACGUUUGGAUACUUUUUAGGGAGUAUCAGGAGGCAUACAUAAUUAGAAUUGUGGUUAUGGUAAUCCCACAAGGAUAAUUUAUGCAUCCAGAUGUGCUAGACAACCAGUAUUAAUCAAAUGUGAUGAACUAUGUUACUGUGUAUCAUCGGAGCUAUAAAAUUAUUUGCCUUCAG